AUGCUUCGGAGAUGGUUCUGUUGCUUCUCCGGCGAAUUAGAAGCAAAGCCCCGAUCGAAUAAGGGCCAUGACUACCCAUGGGAGGCCUACACCCUUAGAGAGCUCGUCCACGCGACCAACAACUUCCAUGAGAAGAACAAGCUCGGCGAGGGUGGCUUUGGAACCGUCUAUUUCGGCCAAACCAGCAAAGGAGAGGAGAUAGCAGUGAAGCGGCUGAAGGCCAUGACAGCCAAGACCGAGAUGGAGUUCGCGAUCGAAGUAGAGAUACUGGGAAGGGUGAGGCACAAGAACCUGCUGAGCCUUAAAGGAUUCUACGCAGGUGGAGAUGAGAGGCUAAUUGUCUAUGACUACAUGCCCAACCUCAGUCUCAUCAGCCAUCUCCACGGUCGACGCGCCGCUGACCUGCUUCUGGACUGGCCUCGGAGGAUGAAGAUCGCCAUCGGAGCCGCUGAGGGACUCGUGUACCUGCAUCAUGAGGCCAGCCCCCAUAUCAUCCACAGGGACAUCAAGGCCAGCAACGUCCUCCUUGACGCCGACUUUAAUGCCAAAGUGGCCGACUUUGGGUUCGCGAAGCUGGUACCGGAAGGCGUCAGCCACCUGACGACCAGGGUGAAGGGGACGCUGGGCUACCUGGCGCCGGAGUACGCCAUGUGGGGGAAGGUGUCGGAGGCCUGCGACGUGUACAGCUUCGGGGUGCUGCUGCUCGAGAUUGUGAGCGCCAGGAAGCCGAUCGAGAAGCUGCCCGGCGGCGUCAAGCGGGAAAUUGUGAACUGGGUGACGCCACUGGUGGAGAGGGGCAGGUGGGAGCAUGUUGCAGACCCUCGGCUGGGAGACAAGUUUGACAAGGCGCAGCUGAGGAAUGUCGUGAUGGUGGCGCUGCGGUGCACCAAUGGCAGGCCGGAGAACCGGCCCCCGAUGCUGGAGGUGGUGGAGCUUCUCAAAAGUGGGGUGCGGGAGGGGAGGACUAAAGAGGUCGUGGUGAUGAAGAAAGAGAUGAGGGAGGAUGACGAUGAUGGUUGGAGGGAUUAGCGAGCCUUCGUACUGUGAGAGGAAGAGCUGGAAAACAUCAAGAAUGAGGUGAUGGUGUGAUGUUUUCUACGUACGGCACGGAAUUGCUGGUGCAUGUACUCAAUCUUGGGCAAGGAAUUGUUUGCGAUCGACAACACAGAAUGUACAAGUUUUCAGCCAAAAUCUUGUUAGGGCCAAAUAUUGCAGAAUAAACUAAGCUAAAUUUUCAAUACCAACUAGAAUAAAUAUUCAUAGAGACAAUAUAUCAAACACUUAGAGAACAAUAGGAGAGCACACCAAAUUUACAUGGAAAAAUCCUCCAGUGUAGAGGGUAAAAA